AACUGCGAGCGGAAUUAAAUAAUUUUCCGUAAGCGCGUUUAGUCAAGCUCAGUUCAAUUGCGGCCAGCUUUGUUGGCGGACGUCUCAGGCGGCAUUUACUAUAACAAAUACUAAACCGAAAUCAUCUUGAGCUCACUACUAUAUUUUUUUUUACCUGUGCUAACUGUGCGAACGAGAGGGAAACAGCGAGAAAAGCUGCAAAAGAAGUAAAGAGAAAAAUUAAAAACAAAAAAGAAGCGUGAGUGAGGUAAACAAUUGCAGUGACCGAAAAACCUUUAAAAGCAGAAAGAUCACAAGAAAUACCAGCGAAGAAGUAGAACCAGAAGCGAAGCGAGAAAAACAACAAGUUUAGCGGACGACAAAGAUGACCGAGUGAUCGAGUCGAAUCAGCGAUCGCCAGAGGGAAAAGUUCAACGAAUCGGAGAGGAUGCGGAUGCACCUGAGUGGUCGCGAGGUGCGGGAGCUGUUGCGCAAGGAUCUCUUGGUGCGAUGGCGCCAAAAGGGACUCAGCCUGACCCUGCUGGCCUGGCCGGUGUUGGUCUUCAUGCUGCUCUACCUGAUCCGUCUGAAGUACGGAUCGGAGGAGGUGGCCGCCUGCCAGUAUCCCACCCGUCUGCUGCCCACCAAGAACCAGGUGGUUCCCGCCGCCUUCUCCUACAUCUGCAGCAUUGAGAACCGCUGCCAGAAGGCGCAUCCCUACGAGGAGUACUCCGACUGGGAGGAGGCCCCACUGCACGCCGUUAUCGAUGUGGUCAACGCCUUCGUGACCGAUGAGCGACUCCACAAGGCCGUCGUCGAAUUGGCCGAGAAGGCCAACUUUGUGUCGGCCAUCACCACGCUGAUUACCAGCGACCGACUCGACAUAAUACGAAGUAACAUAAGUGAAAUAAUAUCUCUGGUGCCCGACAUUGAGCGACGGAUGAACUACAGUUUCGACAUCAAGCAUUUGUUUUCAAAUCGCGAGACCUUUGUCAAGUUGGGCGUCCUGCUGUGUGGCCAUCCAUUUCCCAACACGGAUACGAUACCGUUGGUGAACGAAAUCCUGGAAUCUGAGGACUUUAGCGAGAUCAACGACGCGGAACUCGAUGCCAUGCCGAACCGUCGUCGUCGUCGAUCCGAAAAUCUCCCCACGGACUGGAGGCCAACCAAAUACUGCAAGCGUCUUUAUCUGGAUGUGACUUCUACGAACCAGGGCAAACUCACCUGGAACACCAUUAAGCCGAUCAUCCAGGGUAAAAUACUUUACACGCCAGCAAAUGCGGCGACCGAAAGCGUAGUGAAGUUUAGUAAUGCCACCUUUGAAGAGGUUGACCGACUUAAACAACUUUCCCGAGCGGCAGCCACAAUUGUCACCAAACUGCACACGAAUGCCACCUUUCAGGAGGCCUUCGACAGUCUGCUCAAGUUGGCCAAGUCGCCGUUGGUCAAGAGUUUGGUUGGCGACGACUUCGAUAUUGGGGAGAUCGAAAGGGUUUUUACGUACAUCCGCACCAACCAGCUGAUUUAUGACAUUCUAACCACCGUGGCGGAUCUUAUGGACUGCGUUUCGGCAGAUCGUUUUGAGGCGGUGGACAGUGUGGAGGAGCUGCGAAGGAGGGCCUACGAACUGAACCAGAACAAGUUCUUCUUGGCCGCCCUGAAUCUGGAGGAUGUGGCGCUGAAGCAGUCGUCCUAUCGCAUUCACAUGGACACGGAUAACACGCAGCCGACCUUCGAGAACCGCAACAGAUUCUGGUUCCCCGGACCCGCCGACCGAAUGGUCAUCGAUCUCAAGUACCAUCGCGGAUUCGUUCAGCUGAAACAGAUGGUCGACUUGGGCAUCAUCAAGAGCAAACGGGAGGAGGCUGGCUUCCCGGAGGAGGAUCCCCUGGAAAGUGGACGAUCCUUAGCCGGUCUGUUCAGUAUCAAGCACGUGGAUAACGACUCUUCCGAUGAGGAUGACGACGAUGACCUGGAUCUCAGCCUUGAGGAGGGAGAGGCGCAGGCCACUCAUAAGCCAUCUUCAACUGCAGUUGAAAAAGACUCCACCACGAUUCCUCCUUCCGCAAAAGAAGAAGAGGUUGAGGUCGCCACGGAGGAAGGAGUCACCACGGUUCAGCCAGCGGCAGAUGGUGACCCCGAUCUACUGCUGCUCAACAACGAAGAUGUCCUCAAGCGUUCGAAGCGUCAGGGACUUUUUGAUUUGCUUGGGGGAUUGGGAGGCUCUGAUGCCAGUAAAAAGAACAAGUUCGAAGUGGACAACAUGCAGUUCUACACCAAACAGUUUCCCUAUCCCGCUUUUCUUAACGAUGUCUUUAAACGUGGCGUGUAUUUGGCCCAAGGUGUUCAGGUGGCUUACUUAUUGGGUCUUGUGGUUUUCGUCGCUCUUUGUGUGAGGGAACGCAUCUGGAUGCGGGAAAGCCGUAAUAGUAUGCUAAUGAGAUCAAUGGGCCUGAAGGCGCAAUCCGAGCUGGUGGCCUGGGCUUUGAUCAGUUUCCUCGAACUCUGUGCGAUAUUCGCUUUGAUCAGUGCAGUUCUGUACAGUGGCGGCAUUCUGGCCUUUACAAACUGGUUCUUCAUGAUGUUCUACUGCCUGAGCUUUGGCAUUUGUCUGAUUUCGUUUUGUUAUAUGUGCUCAAACUUCUUCAACUCCGCGAACAUUGGAGCUGUGGCUUCUGCGCUUCUAUUUUUCAUCAGCUUGUGUCCCUUUAUAAUUGUUCUGAUGUUCGAUGCCAAGUUGAGUGUUUUCGAGAGCUUUUUGGUGGACCUCUCCUUGACCACGGCCUUUGCCAAGGGCUGGGGUGAGCUGAUGCGAAUGGAGCUGCAGCAGGAGGGCCUAACACUGGGCCAUCUCAUCCAAAUUGGUCCGGCGAGGAGCGAGUGUGCAAUGGCGCUAUUGAUGUUCCUGCUCGACUUUCUGCUCUAUGCGGUUAUUGGACUGGCCUAUCAGAGGUUUAAGAAGAAUAACUACAGCUUUGUGAAGGUAACCCGAUCGCAAUUAGACGACAAAUUGGGCGCCUCGCUGGCAAACGUCACCAAGUUGUAUGGCAGCAAGUGCGCCGUUUCGAAUCUGAGCCUUGACUUUGCCCGCAACCAGGUGAGCUGUCUCCUGGGUCGCAACGGAGCUGGCAAGAGCACGGUGAUCAAGUUGCUCACCGGCCAAAUCAGGCAGAGCAGCGGCAAGGUGAUUUUGGCUGGCAAACAUCAAGUGGGCGUCUGCUGGCAGGACAACAUCCUCAUUCCCACUCUGUCCGCUCGCGAGCACCUGCACUUGUAUGCCAGGAUCAAGAUGCCGGAGGGCGAGAGUGGCGGCUCCGAGGAGAUCCGAUCGGAGGUGGCCCGAACCCUGCAGAGCCUGAACUUCGGACAGCACGAAUCGUAUCCCGCAUGGCAACUCUCGGGAGGCUAUAGACGACGCCUGUGCGUGGCCAUCGCCUUCAUCGCCUCGCCCAGCGUGGUCAUCCUGGACGAACCCUGCAACGGGGUGGAUGCGAAGGCCAGGAAGGACAUCUGGCAGCUGAUCGAGCGACUGCGCCAGGGGAGAGCCGUCAUCUUCGCCACCCACUUCCUCGACGAGGCCAAGUACCUCAGCGAUUCGCUGGUCAUCAUGCGUAAUGGUCGCAUUAUUGCCCAGCACAGUCGGGACUCCCUGCAGCGUCUCUGCACCUCGGACUACAGUGUGAAGAUGCGUUGUGCCGAUGCCACAGGACUGACCUACAUUGUGCAGCGGGCCCAGCAGCUCCUGCCGCAAAGCCAGGUGCUCCAAUCGGGACUGGCAGAUCAUCCGCACAACCUGACGAUCAGCGCCAGUUAUUCGGACCAUUUGACACCGGGAGCCGUGGAGUUUCUGGAACUCUUGCAAUCCCAAGAAGCUUCGGGGGCCAUCAGCGAUGUGGAGCUCUCGAGCAGCGCCAGUUUGGAGCAGGAGUUCGAGCAGCUGAACAGGAGCGGAGGCGAGGAGACCUCAUCCCGACGACCCAUGAGCGAUCGGAGUGGCGUGGUCGCCGGUCCUGCGAUGAUCAGCGAGGAUCCACCGACGGCCUACCAGCAAUUCCGACUCCUGAUGGGCAAGCGGCUGCGGCACCUGUCCCGCAACUACCGCCUCCUGCUGUACGUUCUCCUGCUGCCCGCCCUCUUCGAGCUGUGCGCCAUGUGGUUCGUUAGCUAUCGCCUGGAGGACGACUUCGAUACGGUCCUGCCCCUGACUCGAUCGCUCUACCCGAAGAGCGCGCAGUUCCUGUCGCAGGAGCAGGCGACCAACUUCACCGGGCGACUGUAUCCCCAGCUGAGGAGCUCCUGCGAUGCCGUGGACGAGUGCAAGGAGUUCGAGGGUUCCGAGAAGGCCUACGACUGGGUGCUGGGCACCUGGGACGAGUAUCGCGAGCGGAGAUACGGCGGCUACGGGCUGAAUGGCUCCGGAGCGACCGUGUGGUACAACAACAAGGGCUACCACGCCAUGAUGGCCUGGCUGAACGAUCUCAACUCGGACUUGCUGCGCACCACGCUCAACGAUUCGGAGUACAGUAUACUCACGCUGAACGAACCCUGGAAGCUGGGCUACUUGGAACUGAGUACCAGUUCGAUUCUGCGGCAGGCGGCCGAUGGAUCCAUGGUCUUUAUCCUGCUGAUUGCCUUCGGUUUGGUGGUGGCCGCCGGUUCGGUUUACUUGGUCAACGAGCGGGUCAACGGCGAGAAGUUGCAACAGCGGUUGUGCGGAGUGAGUGCGGUGACCUACUGGCUGGUGGCCUUCGUCUGGGAUUACCUGGUGAUGGUUCUCGGUCUGAUUGUUUGCCUAGCCGUGAUCCUCAUGUUUGGAAUGCCCGUAUUUGUGGAUCGCCAGCAGCUGGUGGGGAUCAUAGGUCUCUCUUUGGCCUUCAGUUUCGCCUGCGUUCCUGCUGUCCAUGUGGCGGAGAAGAUCUUCAGGGACUCGAGCAUCGCCAUCGUUUCGAUCUUCUGCGCCAACCUCAUCAUCCCGCUGGUCACCAUGGGCGUCAUCCUGAUCCUGGGCGUGGUGGGCGAGGGUCCGGCGUGGGACAGCUGGCGCCACGCCCUCAACCACGCCUUCCUCAUCUUUCCCAUUCACGCGCUGGGCGACGGCUUCCUGGAGCUGUGCAAGAACUACAUGGUGGCCCUGGUCUUCCGUCGCUACGACAUCGAUUCCUACAAGCAUCCCUUGGCGAGCGAUCUCCUCGGGCGCCACUUCACCGCUCUUUUGGUGGUGGGAGUGCUCGGACUGAUCCUCAACGUGCUCAUCGAGUGGCACUUGCUGAGGAAACUGUGGCAGCGAGUCGAGCGAAUGCUCGACUGCACCUAUCGAAGGGAGCUGGACAAGCUGGGCCAGCUCAAGCUGGUCAACAUCCAGAGCAUCUUCAAGAGCUGCGUGGCCAGUGGCGAAGCGGUGCGGGCGGAGAAUCUCUGGCUGGCCUACCGCCGAGGACGCUACGCGGUGCGGCAGGUGCACUUCAGCGUGCAACGCGGCGAGUGCUUCGGGCUGCUCGGCAAGAACGGGGCAGGGAAGUCCACCAUCUUCAAGCUGCUCACCGGACAGCUGCAGCCCAACGUGGGACACAUCUACUUCGAGCAGCCCGGAGUCUCGUACUGCCCGCAGAGCAAUCCGCUGGACCCGCUGCUCACGACGAGCGAGUGCAUCCGGUUCUAUGCCCGCCUGCGCGGCAUCCGCGACUUGGAGCAGUUCCUCGACCGCGUGCUGGACACGUACGAGCUGCGUCCGUACAAGGACGUCCAGGUGCGGAACCUGAGUGGCGGCAACAGGCGGAAGCUGACGGUGGCCGUCACCUGCUGCGGCUGCACGCCCACCGUGCUGAUGGACGAGCCCACCAGCGACAUGGACCCGGUGACGCGGGACAUGGUCUACGCCACCAUCGAACAGCUGCUUCUCGCCCGUCGCGCUGUGGUGCUGACCUCCCACUCGGUGUCGGAGAUCGAGCACCUCUGCCAGCGCGUUGCGGUGCUCCGGGCGGGUCAGGUCGUCGCCAGCGACACUCCGGAGCGACUGAAGACCGAGUACGGUGGCUACUAUGCCGUCACCUGCUUCUGUGGUCCCGCCCAGCAGGCCGUUUUGGCUAGGAGCCUGGGCCAGCGAUUGCCGGGCGUGCGGGAUCUGCAGCACCACGGACACAGCUUGAGGUUCCUCGUGAGAACCCGAUCGGCGGGAGCUCCAUCAUCGCCGGAUGGCCCACUGCUCUCUGAACUCUUCGCCAUCCUGCGGGAUAUUUGCGUGGAUGUGGCGCGCUUUUCGCUGAGUCGCUGCCGUUUCGAAACUGUUUUCGAGCGAAUCCUCGACAGCUGCGAGGCGAAUGGCACUAAUGGCGUCCACAACAAGGAGCAGCAGAAUCAGCAUCAGGAUGCCGGCAAGGAUCUGCCCAGCAAGUCGCCCGCAGUGGGUGGCUCUCUGGAAACUGGAUACAUUCACUGUGGCUACGAGGAGACAAGAACCUGAGCGACACAGCCAUGUUCUCAUUUUAAAACCAAAAAGUACUAAAUUCAAAACCCCCAAGGUUUCUUCUUUUUUUUUUUUUGUAAUAAAAGAUUUUAUUCGUGACAUUUUAAAAACUUAUAACAAACAUCUUUCUUAAAUGUUCAAAAUGAAAGUAGUUAUUUCAACAAAUAUUAUUUCAAUUGGAAAUGAUAUUUGAAGUUUUUUUUCCUUCAAAAAUAAUACUUUGAAAUCGAAUUGAGAAUAUGGCUAAGUAGACAUUUAUUAGGGCUUGUUCCGGUUUUUACUUAUUUAGACAAUUGUGUGAUUAUAAUAUCGGUAGCUUUACAGUUAAUUUUUAAACAUAACUAUAUUGUCGUGGAUGUUAGAUUGUAAGCAUUUAAAAAUUUGUUAAAUUAUCCGACACAGGCCUAUACACUUUAUUACAUUUUCAAUUUUUUUUUAACGAGUAGAGAAGUUUUUGUGAUAAGAUGUGAUAAGUUUGUGCUUGUGGUGCAAUAAUUCACUUAAUUCCGGGUGUUCUGUUUAGACUGUAAGAGACCUUCCCUUGCCCCAAAAAAUAUUAUAAUACUAUUCCCCUAGAGCUUUAAAAUAUAUGUACUGCUUGAAGUGUAAGACAAUCUAGCUUGUAUAUAAACAACUAUAUAGAAACGUGUAUAUGUCAAGGCGGAGUUCUUGUCCACCUGGAGUUUUGUAUUGCAAUUAAAUGAUUAAAUAAAUACUGUAUAUAAAUAUG